AGCCCGAGUCCGAGGUAUUUGAGAUCACGGAUUUCACCACUGCGUCUGAAUGGGAAAGGGUACAUUUACCUCUGGCACAUGGGAAGAGAAAUCAGAUGAAAUUUCCUUUGCUGACUUCAAGUUCUCAGUCACUCAUCAUUAUCUUGUACAGGAGUCCACUGACAAAGAAGGAAAAGAUGAAUUAUUAGAAGAUGCAAUUCCACAGUCUAUGCAAGAUUUGUUGUGUAUGAAUAAUGAUUUUCCUCCAAGAGCACAUUGCCUAGUAAGAUGGUAUGGGCUGCGGGAGUUUGUGGUGAUUGCCCCUGCUGCACACAGUGAUGCUGUUCUCAGUGAAUCUAAGUGCAACCUUCUUCUGAGUUCUGUUUCUAUUGCUUUGGGAAACACUGGCUGUCAGGUGCCACUCUUUGUGCAAAUUCAUCACAAAUGGCGAAGAAUGUAUGUGGGAGAAUGUCAAGGUCCUGGUGUCCGAACUGAUUUUGAAAUGGUUCAUCUUCGAAAAGUACCAAAUCAGUACACUCAUUUAUCAGGUUUGCUGGAUAUCUUCAAAUCAAAGAUUGGAUGUCCUUUAACUCCACUGCCUCCAGUUAGUAUCGCUAUUCGAUUUACCUAUGUACUUCAGGAUUGGCAGCAGUAUUUUUGGCCUCAACAACCUCCAGACAUAGAUGCUCUUGUAGGAGGAGAAGUUGGAGGUCUGGAGUUUGGCAAGUUACCAUUUGGUGCCUGUGAAGAUCCUAUUAGUGAACUCCAUUUAGCAACUACAUGGCCUCAUCUGACUGAAGGGAUUAUCGUGGAUAAUGAUGUUUAUUCUGAUUUGGAUCCUAUUCAAGCUCCCCAUUGGUCUGUUAGAGUUCGAAAAGCUGAUAAUCCUCAGUGUUUGCUAGGUGAUUUUGUCACUGAAUUUUUUAAAAUUUGCCGUCGAAAGGAGUCUACUGAUGAGAUUCUUGGACGAUCCACAUUUGAGGAAGAAGGAAGAGAAAUUGCUGAUAUAACUCAUGCUUUGUCAAAGUUGACAGAGCCAGCACCGGUUCCAAUUCAUAAAUUAUCAGUUUCCAACAUGGUACACAGUGCAAAGAAGAAAAUACGAAAACACAGAGGUAUAGAAGAGUCACCACUGAACAGUGAUGUCCUCAAUACUAUUCUCUUGUUCCUAUUCCCUGACGCUGCUUCUGAGAAACCAUUAGAUGGAACUACUUCAACAGACAGUAAUAAUCCUCCAUCAGAGAUUGAAGACUAUACUCUCUACAAUCAGUUCAAAUCUGCUCCGUCUGACAGUUUAACAUACAAAUUGGCUUUGUGUCUUUGUAUGAUUAAUUUCUACCAUGGAGGGUUAAAAGGAGUGGCACACCUCUGGCAGGAAUUUGUUCUUGAAAUGCGUUUCAGAUGGGAAAACAACUUUCUGAUUCCAGGAUUAGCAAGUGGACCCCCAGAUCUAAGAUGUUGUUUAUUGCAUCAGAAACUACAGAUGUUAAAUUGUUGUGUUGAAAGAAAGAAGGCACGUGAUGAGGGGAAAAAGACAAGUACUUCAGAUAAUGUAAUUAAUACAUAUCCAGGGGAUGCUGGAAAAGCUGGAAACCAUUUGGGGCCAGAUAAUCUAAAAGACACAGAUAAGGAAAAGGGAGAGGUGGGAAAAUCUUGGGAUUCCUGGAGUGACAGCGAAGAGGAAUUUUUUGAAUGCCUAAGUGACACUGAAGAACUUAAAGGAAAUGGACAGGAGAGUGGCAAGAAAGGAGGACCUAAAGAGAUGGCAAAUUUAAAGCCAGAAGGACGUCUCCUUCAGCAUGGGAAACUUACACUGCUACACAAUGGAGAACCUCUCUACAUUCCAGUAACUCAGGAACCAGCACCUAUGACAGAAGAUCUGCUAGAAGAGCAGUCUGAGGUUUUAGCUAAAUUAGGUACAUCGGCAGAAGGGGCUCACCUUCGAGCACGCAUGCAGAGUGCCUGCCUGCUCUCAGAUAUGGAGUCUUUUAAGGCAGCUAAUCCAGGUUGUUUUCUGGAAGAUUUUGUGAGGUGGUAUUCACCCCGGGAUUAUAUUGAAGAGGAGGUGAUUGAUGAAAAGGGCAACGUGGUUCUGAGAGGAGAACUGAGUGCCCGAAUGAAGAUCCCAAGUAAUAUGUGGGUAGAAGCCUGGGAAACAGCAAAGCCAAUUCCUGCUAGAAGGCAAAGGAGACUCUUUGAUGAUACACGGGAAGCAGAAAAGGUGCUGCAUUACCUGGCAAUCCAGAAACCUGCAGACCUGGCUCGGCAUCUUUUGCCUUGUGUGAUUCAUGCAGCUGUACUCAAGAUAAAGGAAGAAGAAAGUCUGGAAAACAUUUCUUCAGUUAAGAAGAUUAUAAAGCAGAUUAUAUCCCAUUCCAGUAAAGUUUUGCACUUCCCCAAUCCAGAAGACAAGAAAUUGGAAGAAAUCAUCCAUCAAAUUAUUAACGUGGAAGCUACAAUUGCUAGAGCCCGGUCACUGAAAGCCAAGUUUGGAACUGAGAAAUGUGAACAGGAGGAGGAAAAGGAAGAUCUUGAAAGGUUUGUGAGUUGUCUGCUGGAACAGCCUGAAGUAUUAGUCACUGGGGCAGGAAGAGGACAUGCUGGCAGGAUCAUUCACAAGUUGUUUGUGAAUGCCCAGAGGCUGACUGAAUCUUCUGAUGAGGCUGCAGCCAUGGCUCCACCAGAAGAGGAAGUGAAGAGAAUGGGCUCCCCAGAAGAAAGAAGGCAGAACUCGCUGUCUGACUUCCCACCCCCUGCCGGCCGGGAGCUCAUCUUGCGCACCUCUGUGCCACGCCCUGCUCCCUACUCCAAAGCUCUGCCUCAGCGGAUGUAUAGUGUUCUCACCAAAGAGGAUUUUAGACUUGCAGGUGCCUUUUCAUCAGAUACCUCCUUCUUCUAAUUCUAGCGUUAUUGGUGACUCCAGAGACAGUGCUGCCUCCUCCUGCAGGAAGGGAGGGUGUGGCAGGGAGAACCUGAGAGGUCAGGAGGGCCCUGGCAGUUAGGUGAUCAGGAAUCAUACCAGCAUCUGAAAGACUUUCCAGCACCAAGCUUGAGCUCUGUUGUAUCCUGGUUGGGGCAGAGGGAAUGGGCUUGAGCUAGGAGAUUUCUGCCCUGAAGAGAGAUGCUUCGUGUAUGAGGGGAAAACCAAAAAAACAGCAGGAGUUAUCUGUACUCACUCUGACGGGAUAGAGUUCAUUUUAUUCUCUUUCUGACUAUCCUCUAGGCUAUUAUUGCCUUGCAUUCACAGUCUGUGUAGACACUUAAUGGUUAUGUUUAUUAGUAUCAAGUAUGCAAAAUAGAGUACCUGUUAACUCAGAUUUCUGAAUAUUUGGGUGGUAGCUUCUAGUCCCAGAAUCUGGGUUUUUAAAAUACUAAAUGACAUUCUGUUUAUUCAGCCACCUGGUGGUCAUCUUUAUUAUACUAAUUGACUUUUGGUGAGAAUUUUGAAUAUUCUAGGAGAAAACCUAGAAUGUCACAUAGUUUCUGUUUUUCCGUGUAACUAUAACCUACAUGUAUUCUUUCUGAUAAAACCACAUAUUAAAUGUCACUGCAAAGUAGUUUUAUAUAUUAUCUGGUAAGAUUUGUUUUCUCUCUCUGAUUUCUUUUUGGUGGACGUGUAAGUUACCAGCCUGCAAAACUGUUGCUCUCCCUUCUCUUGCUGUACGGUAUGACUGUCUUUGUUGUGGUUGCUGGCUGGAUAUGUAUUUAAUGACAUAGAGAGGCACACAUGCUAAAAACAUAGUCUUAGUACAUAGAGAUUAUCAUGCAGUUAGUAUAAUUUGGUAUAUGUGCUAAUGCAAUAAGUAGAAGAUUAUUUUAAUGGACUAUUUUGCUUUCAUAUUUUAGUAAAAAUGAAAAUAAUCCAUGGGGAUGUGUAGCACCUGGCAUAAGGAUAACAGCACCACAUUUCUAGCUAUGUGAUGAUCAGGAUGUAUUGAGUCUGAGGUGCUACAUGGCCUCUGUUUGGUAGUCUUAUUUUUAGGCCUAAAAUUCCCACUUCAAUCCGAAGUAAAAAAUGGUUAUACUGAAGCAUAAACUUUGCCUGUGUAACUUUAAAGAACUGAUGAUAGAGCUGUGCAAACCUGUGUUAUAUUAUUUUUGUAAAAGUUAAAAAUAUAUAUAUAGUGUAUGUGUGUGUUGUGUGUCUACACACACAUAUGUAUAUAUGUACAUAUGAAGUAGGGGAGUCCCAGCCUUUACAAUGCUUUUCUCUGAGAUGCCAGACUUUGUUGCUACUGGUAAACUAUACAGAUGCAGGCCUGAGGAGCUAGCACUGGACCAAGUAGAAGACAUUUCUUUCAAGGACCAUUUGUCCAUUUUCUAAUGAGGAAGUUAAUAACAAAGAAAAAUUCUAUAAAGAAGAGGUUGUAUUUUAAAAUGGCAUCAUGAAUCUAAUAAAAAGGAGAUUGUUGCUUUCUGUGGC